AUGAUCAUCUUAUUUAAAUAUUCUUUGGGAAAAGUUUGUUGUUCCAAACGAAAACUACUCAAACGUGCUGGUGAUUGGGCUAUUAUAACUGGUGCAUCUUCAGGGAUUGGUAAAGCAUAUGCAGAAGAAUUAGCAAAAGAUGGUUUGAACAUUAUGCUCAUUGAUAGAGAUGAAGAUAGAAUGUUUUCAGUUUCCAGUGAAUUAUCAGUUAAGUACAAUGUGGAAACAAAAUUGGUUGUUGCUGAUUUCACAAAGGUAAAAAUGUUCACUGUUUGA